ACAACUAAAAACAUAACUAAACACAUUUUUUGAAGUCCUUGGUCGGAGGUAUUUGGCUACAUGCAAACAAAACUAGUAAAGUCUGCAACUGUCCUUGCCUUAUUAUAGCAACUUGGUCUAGCUAGACUUCAAAGCUGGAUCGAGCUGAGCAGCUACCCAUAGUUUCUUUGAAAGCUAAAUCCUUCAAAGUUGUUUGCUACUUUCAUCAUGGUUACAAAGAAACUGUUUGUCUUCUUGAUUAUUGCCAUGGGUUGCUUUAGGUUGCUGAGAUUUGCUGCGUCAAAGGUGCCGCAAGAAGAAGUUGAUGCUUUGCAAGAGAUUACUGCUACGAUGGGCUCAAGGUACUGGAAAUUUAAUGGUGAUUCCUGUGAAGUUGAAAUGGUUGGGGUAACACUGGAGCCACCAAAGAAUUCUGAGCAUGAGAUCUCUUGUGAAUGUGAGACGAACAGCAAUGUUUGUUACGUCGUAAGGAUAGUGCUCAAGGGUUAUAACCUUCCUGGAAUGCUUCCUCCUCAACUGGUUAAGCUUCCUCACCUUCGAGAAAUUGAUUUUGCUUACAACUACCUAAAUGGCACCUUUCCAAGUGCAUGGGCUUCAAUGAAGUUGACUACGAUCUCUGUUCUUGUAAAUCGCUUGUCAGGGGAAAUUCCUAAGCACCUGGGAAAUAUUACCACUCUCACAAAUCUGUCCCUUGAAGCAAAUCAAUUCUCUGGUGCCGUACCGCCUGAACUUGGGAAUUUAAUCAACUUGAAAACAUUGAUGCUCUCCUCCAAUCAGUUAACUGGAAACUUGCCAGUGACAUUUGCUUUGCUAAGAAAUCUAACUGAUUUUAGGAUAAAUGAUAACAAUUUCAAUGGUACCAUACCGAGUUUCAUACAAAAAUGGGAACAACUCAGGAGACUAGAAAUGCAUGCAAGUGGACUUGAGGGACCAAUACCAACAAGCAUAUCACUUUUGAGUAAUUUAGUUGAGCUGAGGAUUAGUGAUAUAAAUGGGCCAAAUCAGGGUUUUCCUAUGGUCAGAAACAUGACAGGCAUAGUAAGAUUGGUUUUGAGGAAUUGUAACAUUUUUGGAGAGAUCCCUGCUUAUGUUUGGGCAAUGAAGAAUCUGGAAAUGUUGGAUGUCAGUUUCAACAAGUUAGUUGGGAAAAUUCCAACCAGCAUACAAGCAGAUCGUCUAAGAUUUGUCUUUUUAAGUGGCAACAUGCUAAGUGGAGAUGUGCCAGACUCAAUCUUGAAGCAAGGGAGUAGCAUUGAUCUUUCGUACAAUAACUUCACAUGGCAAGGCCCUGAGAAACCUGUUUGUUGGGAGAACAUGAAUCUGAACCUAAAUUUGUUUCGCAGCUCUUCAUCAAGGAACAACUUGAGGGGAGCUCUUCCAUGCAAGAAGGAUUUCACCUGUCGUCAGUAUUCAAAUUGUUUACAUGUUAAUUGUGGUGGAAAGGACACAAGGAUCAACACAAAUUUAUUAUAUGAAGGAGAUGGAGAUGUUGAGGGGGGAGCAGCAAAAUACUAUAUUAGAGAUGAUGGCUAUUGGGGAUUUAGUAGCACAGGAGACUUUAUGGAUGACAAUGAUUUUCAAAAUACACGUUAUACCGUAUCAAAGCUGUCAUUAAACAUCUCAGAACUGUACACAACAGCCCGCAGAGCUCCAAUAUCACUCUCUUAUUUCCAUUAUUGCUUAGAGAACGGAAAUUACACAAUAACUUUGGAUUUUGCAGAGAUACAGUUUACUACUGAUGAAACAUAUAACAGCCUUGGCAGGCGCAUAUUUGACAUUUAUGUUCAGGAAAAAUUAUUGUGGAAGGACUUCAAUAUUGAAUCAGAGGCAAGGAGUGCUCAAAAGCCUUUAGUAAAACAAGUUCCUAAUGUAAGUGUGACAAAUAAUUUCUUGGAGAUUCGAUUCUAUUGGGCUGGCAAAGGAACAACGAGGAUUCCUAAAAGGGGUGUCUAUGGGCCACUUGUAUCAGCUAUUUCUGUAGUUUCAGAUUUUAAACAAUGCUCAAAUGGAAGAAACAAGGGAACUGCUAAUAUUAUUGUUGGGGUUGUAAUAUCAUGCCUUGUCCUCUUCGUAGUGGGAAUUCUUUGGUGGAAAUGCGGUUUGCUUGGAAAAUAUUGGAGGAAAGAAGAUACCAAAGGAGACAUGCUGUCAGGGACUUUUUCUUUGAAACAGAUUAAAGUUGCCACGGAUGACUUCAAUUCUGCUAACAAGAUUGGAGAAGGUGGUUUUGGUCCUGUGUACAAGGGUCAGUUACCUGAUGGUACCAAGAUUGCAGUAAAGCAGCUCUCAUCUAAAUCACGGCAAGGAAAUCGUGAAUUUCUAAAUGAGAUUGGGAUGAUAUCUUGUUUGCAACACCCAAAUCUUGUCAAGCUUCAUGGAUUUUGUGUUGAAGGGGAUCAAUUGCUACUGGUAUAUGAGUACAUGGAAAACAAUAGCCUUGCCCUUGCUUUGUUUGGUCCAGAACACAAUCAGCUAGAACUAGACUGGACUACAAGGCUUAAGAUCUGUAUUGGAAUAGCUAGAGGUCUGGCUUUUCUGCAUGAAGAAUCAAGACUCAAGAUUGUUCACAGAGACAUCAAAGCUACUAAUGUGCUUCUGGAUAGUGACUUAAACCCUAAAAUAUCUGACUUUGGUUUAGCUAGGCUCGAUGAAGAGGAGAAGACCCACAUCACCACCCGAAUUGCUGGAACCAUAGGAUAUAUGGCACCAGAAUAUGCAUUAUGGGGCCACUUGACACACAAAGCAGAUGUUUAUAGUUUUGGAGUUGUGGUAAUGGAAAUCGUUACUGGGAAGAACAACAAUAACUUCAUGCCAAGUGAAAAGUUUGUUUGUCUUUUAGAUUGGGCAUGCCAUCUCCAACAAACUGGAAACUUGACAGGGCUUCUUGAUGAGAGGUUAAGGUCUGAAGUCAAGAAAGAAGAAGCAGAACUCGUGGUUAAAGUGGCUCUGUUGUGCACAAAUGCAUCUGCAUCACUUAGACCUACUAUGUCUGAGGUGGUAAGCAUGCUUGAAGGGCGAAUGACUGUUCCUGACUUGAUACCAGAAACAGGCACCUACACUGAAGAUUUAAGGUUUAAGGCCAUGAGAGAUCUCCGUCGACAGAAGGAAGAUCAAAGUUCGAGUGGAAGCCAAACCCAAAAUUCAACAACUGUUCAUACCUCCUACUCUUCAUCUACAUCUUAUAACUCCAAUGAAAUCAACCCAGAUUCCAGAUUUGGUUCAUAGCAGCGAGCAUUUCUUUCCAGUUGCAUACUUCUGUCGUAGAGGCUAGAAUACAAGUCUACAAAAUCACUUGGGCUGUAUCAUCUAGCUGGUAAGAAUUCAGCACUGCUUAGAAGUUGUAAAUAGUCCGAAAUUCUUUUGCCAGUUGAGACAGUUUUUUGUUCUAUAGUACAAAUUCAAUUGAUUUAAUAUAAAUAUCUGAAUUCAGAUGUACAAAGUUGAUAA